AACUGCUUACAGAAAAAUAAUAAGAUUUUAUUAUCAUCUGGAUUGAAGAUUCCUUCCGCUCCCCACGUGCUGUUCCCCCCCCCAGGCGGUGGAUGUGCGGCAAUAAUGUGUCUUCUCCGAUGCCAGCCGUCGUGCCCGCCUCCCAGAAGGCCACUGCCGCGGUUAUUUUCCUUCAUGGAUUAGGAGACACUGGGCGUGGACGGGCAGAAGCCUUUGCAGGUAUCAGAAGUUCACAUAUCAAAUAUAUCUGCCCACGUGCGCCAGAGAUGCCUGUAACACUAAAUAUGAAUGUGGCUAUGCCUUGGUUUGAUAUCCCUGGGCUUUCACCAGAUUCUCAGGAGGAUGGACCUGGGAUUAAACAGGCAGGAGAAAAUGUAAAAGCUUUAAGAGAGCAAGAGGUGGAGAAUGGCGUUCCUUCUAACAGAAUUAUUUUGGGAGGAUUUUCUCAGGAAGGAAGGAGCUCUGGUCCUAUCCGUGGUGUUAACAAAGAGAGUUCUCUUCUCCAGUGCCGUGGACAUUGCAGCCCUUCAGUUCCCCUGAUGUUUGCUUCCCUUACUGUGACAGCAAUUUGAAAAGGACCCUUGCCCCAUCCUGUGGACAGUGGUGCAACGUAUGUAGGAUUCUUGGGCUGUCCUGUUUUGGGGUAUCAGUGUCACCUAAGAAGAGUGAAAUCAGCAAGCAAAGAACCCUUGGUUUGGGAGGGGGAGGAGCAGGCAUGGGCCAUUAGAUUCCGCAAGUGUCUGCCGGGGUGAAGACAGUAUCCACAUUCCAAAAGA